AUGUUCGCCGCCCGCUGUGAGGAAUACGUCUCGCAAAUCGAUGAAUUGCAGCGACAGUUCAAGAGCUCGGAGGACGAGAAGAAGACUCUGAACAGUCUCUUAAGAAUCGCAAUCCAACAGAAAUUGGGGCAAAAAAUUUUCUCACUAUUAAUGUAUUUCCAGGAUUUCAAUGUUUGCUCAUAUGAUAGGUUAACACAAAAGCUGGAGGAGCUCGAGAUGGACAGGGAGAGGGUGACGCUCGGGCCGCGACCCAACGGUCAGACGCCGACGUGGAGGGGCGGCUCGGGUCGCGGCACUCGCACUCCGCCGGCGCGCGGCGGCGCCUUCCCCGGCGCUGUUCGCGGACUCUCCCUCUCUGUGACCCAAUUCCUGACGCCAUCGCCCGAAGCGUCCUCUCCCUCUAUAUAUAAGCGUCUGUCGCGCGACUACUGCAUCAAAAUGAAACUUUUGGUGCUCUUAUCGGUGGUUGUCGUGUCUCACGCGUUCCAAAUCGGCCGCAAGUCGUUGGCCCUCGUCGGCGAUGUGGCCGUCGAUGCGGAGCCCAUCUCUCCGUACGCCUUCAGCUACAGCGCAGACGCCAUCGACGGCGGGUCGUCGCGUCAGGAAUCGGCCGACGCUUCGGGAGUGGUUCGCGGCUCGUAUUCCGUGGUCUCCGCCGACGGAAUCAAGAGAAUCGUCUCUUAUAUCGCCGACGAGAACGGCUUCAGAGCUCAGGUGCAAACAAAUGAACCAGGAACUGAGAGCAAGAACUCAGCCGACGUACUAAUGCUUUCGUCCCAACCGCCCGCCGAAGAGAUCGCUCUCAAGUACGGCCCGGGUCCGCAGCCAACACUCCUCGGCGUCAAAGGCCUCGGCCUCGGCGUCAAAGGCCUCGAAGUGCCGGUGCUGACCAACAAACUGCCGUUCUUCGCAAGCAAGCCUCUGGCCAUUCCGUCGGUGCAGACCAAACUGCUGGAGACCCCGACGCUCAUCCCAUCGCUCGAAUCGCCAAUAAGAUUGUUGUCGCGAAUCCCGAAGACUUUGCCGUUGACCUUGAAGUCUACGGAAGCUUUCGGUCAAAACUAUGAGUCGUUUUAA